AUGACAAAUACUACUUGCAACAGCGAGUUUCAACUCAUUCAUGAGUUAUGCUUAUACGUACUGUCAGCAUCUCAAAGACUUGAGCUUAUCAGGGCUACACUGGCCACAUUGCAUGCUUUCUUUUCAUGGAUUCCUCUGGGCUACAUUUUUGAAUCUCCACUGGUACUAGUCAGGAGUGUGCCACAUGUUUCUGGGCACUCAAUAUCAGAUGGUCUCGAACACUUCUUUCAAACAAACCACCCAGAUCACUACCUUUGUCACUAG